AUGGCGUUACCAAAGAGAAUCAUAAAAGAAACUGAGAGAUUGAUGGCUGAACCUGUUCCAGGAAUCAGUGCUGUGCCGCAUGACGAUAACCUCCGAUACUUCGACGUCAGCAUACAUGGCCCUUCUCAAUCCCCGUAUGAAGGCGGCAUCUUCAAGUUGGAACUGUUCUUGCCAGAAGAUUAUCCCAUGACACCUCCCAAGAUCCGGUUUCUGACCAAGAUUUAUCAUCCCAACAUUGACAAACUCGGCCGAAUCUGUCUCGAUGUGUUGAAGAGCAAUUGGUCACCAGCUUUGCAGAUCCGAACGAUUCUUCUCUCCAUACAGGCUUUGCUUGGUGCCCCCAACCCAGAUGAUCCAUUGGCGAAUGAUGUUGCUCAGCGAUGGAAGGAAGACCAGGAAGCCGCCAUCCAAACAGCGAGAGAGUGGACCAGGACGCAUGCUAUGACAUGA